UAACCACUCCUGGCCAUCUGCUGGACGCGAUAUUCACAGAUUAUAGGGUCGAGAACCCCUGCAAAGCGGUAGCUCUACCCCUAUUCCUGCAACCGCCACAUAGGCUUUGCCUGAGCAUGUCUCAAACUGCGAAGCAAAAUUAUUAGGCGACGCUCCUAGGUCUCAAUCACUGAAGAGUUUGCUGUUAUCACAAUGGGUUGCCUGGACACCGCUAGGCAUGGUUUAAUGCUACGACGGUACGUCCUUUCUUUGCAAUAAGGGGCGCAUAGAAACCUGUAGACACAUGCAGGCUACGCACCAGCAGUCAUGCAUGAGGCUGCUUAGUGUACAUAAUGUUCUUGGCUCGGCCUAGCUUUUUAGAGCUGUGAAUAACCCGUUCGCUCAUGUGCGUAUAUGACACAUGUCAAGAAUUUCGUCGUGGUUCUCGUGUUCACCUGACAUGAGAUAAACCUGGCGGAUCACACGUUGGUUUCACGAAGCAGGUUCGCAAAAAUGAGCCUUGAGCCUCGUGUCCGGGUACGGCGAGGUAGUCGCAAGGCAUUCACGCGAAGUCGCCUUGCGGGAUGCAUAUAAACCAUGCCGCUGCCGUCUUGACCCGUCACCCCAUUCUUCAUUUUUGUAGACAUGGUUAUUUGCACCGUUUGCAACGGUCGAUUCUUCACCACACAAGCGGCGUACGAUCAGCAUGUCAGGACCAGCAAGGCGCACUUUACGUACAAGUGCACGAUUUGCAACGCUAAUUUUCCUUCAGCGUUCGCCAGGAGCGGUCAUCUCUCGAAGAAUCAUCAAGACUUGCUUUGUCGACAGUGCAAUCGGUACUACCUCUCACAAGACUCUCUUCAGCAACACUAUCGCACGGACUCCACUCAUCCGUCCUGCCCUCACUGCGACACAGGCUUCCCCGAUAGGGCUGCUCUUACAGCGCACCUCGCCACCGUCCAUCCAGAACCGGCUUUCCCAUGUAACCUCUGCAAUCUCGACUUUCACAACCAGCCUCAGCUCGAAGAACACUGGAAAGAGUCAUCCGAACAUCCGACUUGCCUUGUCUGCGUUGUCGGGUUCGAGGAUGUAUCAACGUUUACCACACAUAUUCAGAGUAUGCACCCGGAAUUGUGGUGCGGGGCUUGUCGUGUUGGUUUUGCAUCGUCAGGGCAACUAUUAGAACACUUCCUCGAGGCUGAAUCCGCAGUACACCCCACGUGCACGACGUGUGGCGAAGGUUUUGAGAACCAGGCGAUUCUCGAGGAGCACAUGGCCAUGAGGCAUCCGCCUCGGCCUCCUACCCCGCCGCCACCCACACCAGCGACAAUCCAAGACGAGUCGAGCGAGAUCAUGUGCACAAAGUGCGAUAGAACGUAUCGUCGAAUCGAGGACCUGCUUCGCCAUUACCAGGACUCUCCUGCUCAUCCGAAGUGCAUGACUUGCUUCAAAGGGUUUCUGAACGAGCAGGCGUUUUCGACGCAUAUGGCUGAGGAACAUCCCAUUCCUCGUAGCCGGGCUUCGACCCAGCGGACUGAUGGGAGUCCCGCCCACUCUCCACCUCUGACGGAGACUGUCUUGUCGACCCCUCGAGAUGCCUUCUUCUCGGUGAAUAUCGACACGGAAAAUACAUCACACUCUCCAGGGUCGUCCCGCACUCAGACCGCCCUCGGUUACUCAAGGGUCUCUACGAAGGACUUCAAGACCUCGUCGGUAGGACGCCGUGCCUCGUCUGAGCCAACGCCUACCAUGCCGACCGUAGACCUCGAUCCUCACGAAUCCUUAUUUGAACAUCCAUCUGAGGACAGCCAAGAAACCGACUACGAGAAAGGCGCUGGAUCGGUCUACGUCACACCAUCAGAAGAGAUUAUCAUAAGCCCAGCACGCACGCUUCAAACAAUCUCAUACGACAGCCAACCGUCGACACCUGAACGUUUACUGAGCCCAAGCUCGCUUGUCUCGCCGUGUAGCCCGCGCUACGAGUCAGAAGGUUAUCGUUCCCCGACUCGUUCCCCGACUCGUUCCCCGACUCGUUUCUCCCCUCCACCUCUCAGCCCUAGCUCUGUGGCAUCUCACGAAAGUCCCUAUUUCGCGAGGACAGCCCAAACCUUUGUGACUGCCUUGCCUCCACUACGUUCGACGACGUCAAGACAAUCGUUGCUUUCCACUACUAGCACGAAUGUCAGGGCGGACACGUCAGUGAGGUCCACUUCUCGCGCUGCUCAGCCCACUGUGCUUCCAUUGGGCUCGCCUGUCUUGCGAUCCCCUUCGCAAGCAAGCCAAAGGUCCUUGUACGCUAGGGGCACCUUCUGGGCCGGACAUUCGGAGUACAGCCCACGUGCAGACGAGGCCGCGUGCGACAUCCCGAACAACGCUUCUCGUGCCUCUCGCACCAGCUCGCGAGCGCGGUCGAGCCCAACCUCUUCUCCACAUUCUCAAGAAGCGUCGGAGCAGAGCAGCAGCAGGACAAUGAACAGCGGCAGCGCACGGACACCCCCGCCCGUCCCUCUGGCUCCUCAAGUCGAGGACCACGCGGACGUGCCGCACAAACCUGUGUCAACGCCUCAGCCGCCGCACCCGCUCGCAUGGCACUGCCGGCUCUGUCUGAAAGAGCCGCACGACCCCACCGUGACCAUGUGUGGCCAUCUCUUCUGCCACGGGUGCAUUGUGCAGGAGCUCGCGAAGAACCUCCAGUGCCCUGUGUGCAGGAAGGCGAUGCUCGUCAGGUUGCACGUCGAAUGCUGAGGCCGGCUUUAACGGUGGGAGCUCGGCUAUCGUCCGAGGGUCACAUUCGUGGUCUUCGUUCGCGUUAUACAUUUAUAAGUUAUGGUGCCGUUCAAUGGACUUUCAGAUACGUACUUCCGACUACUUUGAUCUUGGCUGCUUCGCAGAAUGUCGGGCCUCGGCGGAUUGGCAUUUCAACAGCCGUGCAAUGUUCGCAGCCGGUCCCUGAGUGCCUGGCCAUCGACAUGCCGAUGGUGCCUCUGUCUCUGCAACGGUGUCCACACGCAUCUCAUCAGUACGCCCGCAGGGCAUGUGCUCCGUUCACUUGCUAUCUUAUCAGAUAUCUCACCCCACAGCGGGCCGGCCGCUACCAGCCAGAGAAACCUCCGCGAGUCCAGGCGCAGAUUAGCCUGUUGAAAUAAGAGAGCCCCUGCGGGACCGAGCUUUUGGCACAAUACACUGACACCAACAAUGUUUCACUCUCGCAAACGUCUCCCAUUGUCUUAUCAGAU